GCGGGAUGGUGGGUCACGGGCGCCGCCGGGCACGCGCCGGGCUCCGGUAUCCGCCUGUCAGCGCCGCUCCUGCGGCUCGUCUCUCUCUCUGUGCAUCUGACUGCUCGGUACUUCCACCGUCUUCUCCCGAGAUGACCGGAGGAGAAUCUGCGCCGCGAGCGCGCAGAGGAAACCGGCGGAAGUGGAGGUGUCGGUCCGGCUGUUAGGUUUAUUUUUAGCCGUUAGAUGAGAAGUGACAGCGGCAGAAGGAGAGCUGCUGGUUCGGUUUCCAGCCUACGGCUCCUUCUGGUCCCGAAGCCUCACCGGUGGAACACCAAUUUCGUUUCCCUGCCUGAGUGUAUGCGGCUCCUUUUGGGUCCCCCUGACAGGAGGAAAGCCCGGUUUCGGUUCCGAAUCGCUUCAUUUAGUAUGCAAAUUGGGCGAGCCGGUCUGCUCUCCCGGUCACAGCGGCUCUCAGACCACGUCACCAGUCGCCCUGCCGCCGCUCCGCACCAACAACCCCCUGACGGGGGGCUCCAAAGCCACCAUGGCGGAGCCGCAGGUCCACGUCACCCCGCUGUACGAGGAAAACAUGAACAAGCGCCCGGUCCUGACCUCUCAGCCCAACGGCCUGGCUCCACUCAGCUCCACCCGGCCAGGCCUCCCUCUGCCAGAGCGACAGUCCUCUGAGGCGGCCCAGCACGGACGCCAGAGCAGCGCCACCUCCAACAAGCCCGCCGACAGCAAGCCAAAGACGAACCCUCUGACGGCCGAGCAGGCCAUGAAGCAGUUCAUGUCCAAGAUGUCCUCGUUCGAACACCACGAAGUGUUCAGCUUCUCCGAGGUGUAUUUCAUUGGUCCAAGCGCAAAGAAGAGGUCAGGGGUUCUCGGCGGUCCCAACAACGGCGGUUAUGAUGAUGAUCAGGGGUCUUACAUCCAGGUCCCACACGACCACAUCGCCUACCGCUACGAAGUCCUGAAAGUCAUCGGCAAAGGGAGCUUCGGACAGGUGGUGAAGGCCUUCGACCACAAAACUCAGACCCACGUGGCCCUGAAGAUGGUCCGCAACGAGAAGCGCUUCCACCGGCAGGCGGCGGAGGAGAUCCGCAUCCUGGAGCACCUGAAGAAGCAGGACAAGGACUCCAGCAUGAACGUCAUCCACAUGCUGGAGAACUUCACCUUCCGCAACCACAUCUGCAUGACCUUCGAGCUGCUCAGCAUGAACCUGUACGAGCUCAUCAAGAAGAACAAGUUCCAGGGCUUCAGCCUCCCGCUGGUCAGGAAGUUCGCCCACUCCAUCCUGCAGUGUCUGGACGCGCUGCACAAGAACCGGAUCAUCCACUGCGACCUCAAACCUGAGAACAUUUUACUCAAGCAGCAAGGCCGGAGCGGCAUCAAGGUCAUUGACUUUGGUUCCAGCUGCUUUGAACAUCAGAGGGUUUACACCUACAUCCAGUCCAGGUUUUACCGAGCACCAGAGGUCAUUCUAGGUUCCAGGUAUGGGAUGCCCAUCGACAUGUGGUCGCUGGGCUGCAUCCUCGCCGAGCUCCUGACUGGUUACCCGCUGUUACCAGGGGAAGACGAAGCCGACCAGCUCGCCUGCAUCAUAGAACUCCUAGGCAUGCCAAGUCAGAAGAUCUUGGAUGCCUCCAAGCGGGCCAAGAACUUUGUGUCCUCCAAGGGAUACCCGCGGUACUGCACCGUCACCACGCUGAGCGACGGCACCACGGUGCUGAACGGAGGACGCUCGCGGCGAGGGAAGGUACGCGGUCCCCCCGGCAGCAAGGUGUGGAGUACGGCGCUGAAGGGCUGCGACGACCCGCUCUUCCUGGACUUCCUCAAACAGUGUUUAGAGUGGGACCCAGCGCACCGGAUGACGCCGAGCCAGGCUCUGCGCCAUUCGUGGCUCAGGAGGCGACUCCCCAAGCCACCAACAGGAACCACUCCGGGAGACAAGACCUCUUCGUCCAAACGUGCCACCACUGACGGCACCAUCACCUCCAAUUCUAAGCUCGUAACCUCCUCAACAACCUCCUCCUCCUCCAAAACCAGGACUAACUUAGCUGCAAUCACUGACGCCAAUGGCAACAUCCAGCCUAGGACGGUGCUGCCCAAACUUGUCAGCUGAGAGUGAAUGCACCCCGCUCGCUGUGGCGGGAGACGAGAGCUGAGCUCGCAGCAGCCGGUGGGACCUGAAUAAAACCGGUCUCUCCGGUUUUAAAGAU